AUGGCCGAGUUCCGUGCAGGCUUACAAGCCCGGCAGCAGGCGCGCAUCGCUGCCAUGGUGCGCGAUGCCUUCCACACGCUGCGUGGUGCGCGCACACGCGGCACGUGGGAAGACUUUCAGGCGCUAGUGCGCAAGCGUGCCCAUGUACAGCAGCUCCUGGACCUCGAAACGCUGCGUACGCAUCCACGCACACCCGUGUUGGACGAAGCCGAAUAUACCAAGCGCACACUCGCGGCGCUGCAGGAGCGUGAGGCCUGUGCACGUGCGCGGCUACCGGAGCGUCUGGUGCCUGUUGAGGCGCAGCGGCAGGCUGUGCAAGAGGCCAAGGCGCGGCGGCGCGCGACGCACGGCAUCUUGGGCCGUGCCGUGCUGCCGUCCGCGCUGCCUGCGCGCGCCGAGGCGCAGGUGCAGCAGGUGCUCGUGCAGCGUGGCGUGAUUGCGUCGAUGACGGGCGCCCAAGUCGAGGCACACGACAUAGCCAAGCUGCGCCCCGGCCAGUGGCUCAACGACGAGGUGAUCAACUUUUAUGGGCAGCUGAUCCAGCAGCGCGCGAAUCAAGCCGCUCCUCAGCCUGGUGAUGCAUCUCCCUGCUGGGCGGUGCAUGUGUUUUCGUCGUUCUUUUGGGAGAAUCUCACGACGCGCGGCUAUGCGGGCGUGCGCCGCUGGUCGCGCCGCGUGGAUCUCUUCACCAAGGAUGUCGUGCUGAUGCCGAUCAAUCUGGGGCAGGCGCACUGGGUGUGCGCGGCCAUUGACCUCCGCCUGCGUCGCUUUGCGUACUACGACAGUAUGGGCAUGCCAAGCCCGGCGGUGCUGCAGCGUCUGCGGGCGUACCUGGCCGACGAGCUGAAGGACAAGCACGGCCUAGCACUGUACCUCGACGACUGGGAGGACUACUGCGCAGGCGAUACAUCGCCGCAGCAGAGCAACGGCUACGACUGCGGUGUGUUUGCUGCGCAGACGCUCGAGCAGUUAAGCCGCCGCGACCCGGGCGUGCCGUAUCCCCCGCUGCUCGAGGCAGGGGCGUUCGCGCAGCGUGCCGAUCCCCAGGCACUCGCGCUGCUGCGCGAGGAGUAUGCGGGGGACCAGCGCGAUAUGCCGUACCUGCGGCGGCGCAUGGCCUAUGAGAUCGCCACGAAGCAGCUGCUCGCGUGA